AGUUAUAAAUGUUAUAUUAAUUAUCACGUGUUGCCACCAUUACUGGUACUGAUGCUGCUCUUCUCUUUAUUUGAUAGUCUGGAAGGUUCUCUUCCUCUCUACCUCCUCCUCCCUCUCCUCUGCCUCACUGCUAGUGUCCAGUCAGUUCAAGAGUUCACCAUAUACCGCAUCCAACACCUGGAUAUACAUGGAAGCCACAUUGGCUCUCGUUCUGCUGUCGUUAACAUGGAGGCACGGUCACCAGAGGCGGCCAUGUUGAACAGGAAGUGUGUCCUCAUUAAAUGGACGGAACUAACCAGCGACUUGUUUAAUGAAUUACUGGAGAGAGGAGCAGGGGCUGUGCUGAUAAUACUACCCAAUGACUGGAGGAAUAAUAAUAAUAAUAAUAAUAAUACAUUACAUGAGUGGAUGUUGUUAGAAAAGGAGUUAAUAUCACGUGAGAUAUCAAUUCCGAUUUAUCUAACGACAGAAAGUGAAUAUUUAAAUGAAGUUUAUGAUAAGUUGACGUCAUCAGUUGAUUGGGAUUCAUCAGCUGCUGCUGGUAAGAGACACAAGGGAAAAGAAUAA